CCCACUGUGCACCGCGACUGUUUUCAGUCGAAUAGGUUAAUUCCGUUACGUUUCAUUGGAUUUCAAAUCUAGUACUUUCCGUUGGCGGGAGGGGGCACGUUUAUGGCGGAAUUUAAAUGUUACGUGGAGCGUUCGCUGGCUCGUCGGUAAAGUUAAUUUAGACGAUGCACUGUUCGACGGGAAUUUUUGAGAUUUAUCGAAUUCAAACGAAAUAGUUGCCGAGUUGAACGAGCUCGUUGGCCCUCUGUGGUUGUGUGCGGAAGAUAUGUUUCAGUUGUGCUGCCUGCCGCCUAACCUCAUUAACGUCGAUCGUUUCCACAUGACGAGUUUGAAAAAAGAAUAGCAGAUCUGCAGACCGCAGACGCCAUAUAAAAAAUGGGACACACGUAAAACUUUCGUGGAUGAAAUCUGGUCUGCGAAGGAUACAAGUAAAGAAACAAACGAUACGUGAUGGACGUAAAUGGGCCGAACGGUAUGUAGGUACUAGUCGGCGUUCAAAAAGGAGCAUCACUCCAGGAUAGUUCGAGAAUAAGACAAUGUUACAGGCAGGUUUCAGCAGGUUCUUGUAUUGAACGAAACCCCGAUAAAGAUAAACAAAAAAAAAAAUGCUGGCAAGUCGAAGCGUAAUGCUCGUAUCUUCGAGACUAUUUUCCCGUAGGUCCUGGCGUAACAGAAGCCUUAAUUUGCGGCGAUAAAUGAAGAGGACGAGGAGAGCCGAGGUGGCAUAAAUGGAUCGUGACUUCUUUGCCAAUCGGUUCCGUACGUGAUACAUUCCUCCGGUUAACAAGAACCACCGCGGAAUCGUGUUGGCCGGCGAGUCGACGGUCCGGUUUUACGACGGAGGUGUCAAUCCCAUUAUGUCUGCCGGGUGAUCCGUUCGGUUACCGUCAGCAAAUCGAAUCAACAGGUUCCUCGGAAAAUAGAAGAAGCCGCGAGAAGCUCGACGACUUCGAGCGGCCGGGUAUAAGUCGGGAAACGGAUACGAAGGAAGGUAGAGAGAGACGGAGAGAGAGAUAAGACGGAGAGGACUCGUAUGGCAGUCGAGGCAUCACCGGAGGUAUCGCCGGCUACGGAGUGCGCGGGAUUCACCGAGGAUCCGCGUACCAGAUCCAUCGGUGCUGACGAUGGACGCAGGUUGAAUCCUUCGAAAAUCGAGGAUGACUGGCGAAGGUCCGCGGAACAGGUGGACAUUUCGGUGAGAUGUUGAAUGAGGAGAAGCAGAAGAAGAGGAGGAGGAUGAAGAAGAAAAGGUCGAAGAGGAAGAGCUUCGUCCCCUCGGUGCCCGCGUCUCGUUCAGCCAACGGCCCCCGCCGCCCCUCCGCCGUGUACCGGCAGCCGUCGUCGACGAUGAUGGUAAUGGUAAAUGGCCCAUGGAGAGGCUCUCCAGUCCGCGCCUCCACUGGAAACGGGAGCACGCCACGUGAAAGUAGGAAGGGGAGGCUAUAGCCGGACCGACGUCGCUUCGUGCGCCUCAGUCGUUCGUGGACCUCGAAGGACGAUAGAGGUCGAAGAGGGCACUUCCUCCUCUCCUUCGUCACGGCGCCAACACCGCACCGCCAAACACACCACACCACACCACGCCACGCCACGCCAAGCGGACCAAGUCGUGUCUCUCCUUUCUCCGGCCGGCAACUCGCAUCGCGCGCCUUCAGCCUUUUAUCCUCCUCGACAACCGGUGGCGAACGAGAGAUCACGAACGCCCGGCGCAAUAAGAUAAUCGUUCGCAGACGUCCGCCUACUGCGCACCAAGAUAGUUGUCUUUGUAAAACUUAAACGUCGCCUCCGUCGUCGUCGUCGUCGUUAUCGCCGUCGUCAGUCUUCGACGCCGCUGUCUUCAUUACACCCGCCGUACAACCGACCGACCAAAGGAUCUCCGGCCAGAGCACCGUCGACGCCUGACCAAGGAUGAUGCACCGUCACGUUCACCUCGUCGUCGGGAUUGUCCUGCUGUGCUGCCUCCAAGAUUUCGUGACCGGCGCCUGUCCCCGCAUAUGCCCUCCAGGCGGCGAGCCGGUGUGCGGCAGCGACGGUGUGAUCUACGCGUCGCAGUGCGAAAUGCGGAAGAAGAUGUGCGGAAAAGGCGUGACCGUGGCCACGGAGAAGACGGCUUGCCUGAGGUCGUCCGGUAGCAAGUGCGAGCACCGUUGUCCCGGCGAUCAGGACCCAGUUUGCGGCACGGACGGUCGCACUUACCUGAACAAGUGCAUGCUCAGGGUCGAGAUCUGCCGCGUUGGCAUCGAACUGUCCCACCUCGGACCGUGCAACAACAUAUCCGCGCAUCGGGAGAACUGUCCCGUGUCCUGCGACUUCGCGCCGCUCGACGGACCGAUCUGCGGGAGCGAUGGGAACGUUUAUAAGUCCACGUGCCAGAUGAAGCUGCUCACCUGUGGGCAAGGCGUAGUGCGUACCAAUAAAAAGCACUGUCAAACGACGAGACACUGUCGUGAAUCCUGUUGGCGCGGUGCCAAGCCGGCCUGCGGCAGCGACGGCAUCCUCUAUUCGAACACCUGCAAAAUGCGAGCGAAGAACUGCGGCAAGCACGUGUUCGAGGUGCCGAUGUCGUUCUGCGUGUCGCGGGAGCGGACGUCCGGCGGACAAUCGAACGCGUGCCCAUUGGACUGCAAGAACGAGCUGGAAACGCCGACCUGCGGCUCCGACGGCAGCAUCUACAGGAACGAGUGCGAGAUGCAGAUGCUUAAUUGCGGGCAAGCAAGGCGAAAGGUGAGCGUGGUGGACUUCGAUAAGUGUCAGCCGCGUCUGAACAAGUGCAUGAAGCAGCAGCAGCGAUGCGGUAACGAGAUGGACCCAGUUUGCGGCAGCGACGCGAACACGUAUCCGAAUCAGUGUCAUUUGAACGUCGCCGUUUGCCUAAAGGGCAUUCAGCUGGCUCACGUCGGGGAGUGCACGACCUUGAAGGAAACCGAACAGUGCCCCGAAGACUGCAGCGAGGUGGCCGAGGAACCAGUUUGUGGAAGCGACGGGAACGUUUACCGGUCCCUUUGCCAUCUGCAGCGCGAAACGUGCGGUCAGAGGGUGGUUCAAGUUCCGGCGCAACAUUGUCGUACCACGGCGCUCUGCAACCAGGUCUGCAGCGGGGAGCGCCAGUUUGUUUGCGGUUCCGACAACAAGUUCUAUCGCAACGAGUGCGAGAUGAAGAGGGACAAUUGCGGGAAACACGUGUACGUGGUGCCAAUGAAGAGAUGCGUGCAGGGAUUCCUGUUCCGCGGCUGCCAGAAGAUCUGUCCGCCGUAUUACGACCCCGUUUGCGGCACAGACGGUAUGACGUACAGCAACGAGUGCUUCCUCGAGAUCGAGAACUGUCGCAGUCGGAGCUUAGUCACGAAGAAGUACCACGGAGUGUGCGGUCAGCCGACAGAGGAGCCCAAGAACUACCUGUACUAAGCUGUAGAAAAGAAAACCACUCUUCCGAACAUCGCCGACUUUAAGACACUCCUCGAACGGACUGUUCAAAGAUAAGGAAAAACGACAGAAAAAAAGCGAAAGAAAGAAAGAAAGAAAGAAAAGCGAUCGGAAUCAAGUUCCUUCGAGUCGAUCGAUCUUCGCGCAAGACAAUCCCCGCGACGACCAAACACGAAUCGCGUAACGAACGGAAUUCCCCCAUUAUCCUGGUCGCGUUGAAACGGAAUUCGUUGAACGUAGUUCACUCGAUUGUUUAGUGAAUAUCUCUUGCCUAAUCGAGAAACAACAUUUUUGUCGAACGACUCACGGAGCAUGGAUGCUCCUGCUCGAACGCGAAACGGAUUUCUAACGUCCUCGUGAUCGAUCGUGUCCUGAUCGUCGAUUAAUCCUGCGAUCAUUGAUUCCUCUCACGAAGGAGCUGAGUUUCAGCGUCUCCUAUUGGCAUUCGUUUCUUUCUUUUUCAUCGGUAAUCGUGAACAACGGAGGAUUAAUCGGCGAACAACCGCGAGAAUCUUCCCUUCGAUCACCGAUUAUCGGGCCAAGACUGUAUUUCGCGAUUGUUCACGAGCACCGCGCCGUCAUUCUGUAAUUUAUUCACGGGAUUCCGGCGUUCGAUCGGAUAGAUCCGAGCCGGGAAUCCCGGCAGACCGGUCGCGCGCACAGCUCCCCUCGAUACCCUUCGCCACGGUACGAUCAUUCUUAUUUAUUCUAGUAUUAUUAUUAUUAUUAAUUAUCCCAUCGUCUUUGCAUCAUUUCUCACCACUUUUAUCGCUACCGCUGCAGUAACACGACUGUCCCCGUGAUCCCCUUAUUCUAAUCGCAAGGGACUAUUCCCCCUAUCCAGCUGCUGUAUCGACCCUCUGACUGCGUGAUGUGUGUUCAUGUUACAAUUUUUAAUCCUUAUCAUCGUAUUCUUAAUUUAUUUAUCGGACAUGCGACAAUCCCUUUUUUUUGUUCUUUGUAUCGACACUAACACACGUGCUUCGAAUGUCAAUAAUAAACUAUAAUAUACAUAUAUUUUAAGGUAAACGUUGUCUGUGGUUCAAAUUUUCAAGCGAAAGUGAAACGAUUCUCUAGGGAAACGAAUAUGAAAGAAUUAACGAUGAUCAGUAACAAUAUCUUUUCUCAUGAACAACCGUCGAAACUUACUGUCAAGUAAGUUCUGUGAGUUUAACACGUUGAAUGCCAUGUGGGUCACCGGUGACCCUGAAUAAAAUCGAAUUACUGUUCAUUCGAUUGAACGAUUAUUCGAAAACAUUUCUA